AUGGCAGAGGAGGAAGAAGAGAUCACUGAGGAGGAGGAAGAUGAAGAUGUAGAAGAAGAGGAAGAAGAAGCGGAGGCAGAAGCACCGCCAGCUGCGCAACGUGGGGAUGAUGAAGCGCCUACCGAAAAAAUGGAAGCUACGCCGCAGUUAAGACGAGCACCACCUCAGGAAAAGGAUGAAGCACCAGCUGAACAAACGGAAGCUGAAAAGGCUAUGCUUGCCGCCAAAAAGAGGCAUCAGGAGGAAGAAGCAGCUAAAAUUCAAGAUUAUGAAGAACGACGACGAGUGGAAAAAGAAAAGAUCGAAGAAGAGUUACGAGCACUGAAGGAAAAACAGGAACAAAGAAGGCAGCAACGUGAACAAGAGGAACGUGAAUUCGCGGAAAGGCAACGCCAAAAUGAGGAAAAACGACGUCAGGAGGAGGAAGAAAGCAAAGCGCGAAUUGAAGCGGAAAAACAACGACGAGAAGAGGAAAGAAAAAAACGACAGAAUUUGAUGGCUGGCUCAUUUGCUGCUGGGACAACAGACGGUGGAAAGAACUUCGUGAUCCAGAAAUUAGAAAAGGGCGAUCAGUUAAAACCUCAUAUUGUG